CACUUGUUCGCGCCAACUGUCGCUUCUAGCGAGUAGCUAAUGCCAUAGCUGACAAACUACAUAUGCUCUCCUUACAACAACAUUCACAGUGCCUGCUCCUGCGUGAAGAAACUUCUUUCCCACCCGCCUCCUACUCGCCCAUCGCAACUUGCUAUCUGUGACAACUGCACCGCUGCGUCCCGCCAAAGCGCCCCACUACCUCCACCACUCCACGCCGUCAGGGCUCUUAUACUUGUAACAGUUGUCACUACACAGUAUAUAGUCUUAGACAUUUUUGUUCCGCAAUUGCCAGUAUCAACUUCUAUCGCCAUGCCCGUUCGCCUCCGAUUACGCGCGCCCAACGGCACCCACACUCUCUCCCUCGACGAUAAUGCCGCCGUUUCCGACCUUCUAUCAUCUAUCAGCGAAAAGACAGAACUCCCACUCUUCGAAUUAAAAUGGAACCACCCGCCCCAACCGCUCGAUCCUUCACUAUACGGAAUGUCUACGUUAUUGAAAGACAUUGACCUUAAACUCAAUGGCGCAUCCAUCAUCGUCAUUGGCAAAGCUACUGGCGAUCCAAGUGAACGGAAAGCAGAACAAGAACUCCAGUCUGCUACAUCUCAGUCAGCACCCCUGUCAUUACAACGCAAACAGAACUCGGCACUCAAAGACACUCCCGAAGUCCCUGUACCCGACCGUGCUGGCACCAUUGUCCUGAGAGUAAUGCCGGAUGAUAACUCGUGCAUGUUCCGAGCUCUUGGAAGUGCUGUUCUCUCCGACUCGCUAGAUUCCAUGACCGAGCUUCGGUCUAUGGUCGCCCAAGCUAUACAAAGAGACCCCGAACAGUACAAUGAAGCAAUCUUGCAACGGUCUCCCGACGAAUACUGCAAAUGGAUAUCAUACUCGGACUCUUGGGGUGGUGGAAUCGAGCUCAGUAUUCUCUCCCAAGAAUUCGAUAUCGAGAUAGCCAGUGUCAACGUGCAGGAUAACCGAGUAGACCGCUUCAAUGAGGGUCGACCGCGCCGCUGUAUCCUUGUAUAUUCUGGUAUCCAUUACGACACUAUCGCUCUGGUUCCGCGUGGGGUUUCGCCUCAAGAUCCUUCUCAAGACAUCAAGCUUUUUGAUGCCAACGAUGAUGUCAUUCUCGAGGCUGCACGAGAACUCUGUCGCCAACUCCAAAAACAACAUUACUACACCGAUACGCAGAAAUUCGAUAUCAAGUGCAACACCUGUGGCUGGAAGGGAGCUGGAGAACGAGGAGCGAUCCAGCAUGCAACAGAGACAGGACAUAGUGAUUUUGGUGAGGCAAAUUAAGUGCCCACUCCCAUCGAAUCCUGAAGGGUUGCAUUUGCCAUUUUUAUCGGUGCUAGAAUGGUGUAUAUAGCAAAUCACAUAGAAUUUUCUUAUGUUGUGUGGUAAUUCAACUCUCAGCAAUGGCUUCAAUAUGUGAAACUAAUUUAUCAAGAAACAUUGCAUUUGUAAUAGUUGUAAAUACUGCACGAUGAUUUCCAGAGGGAUUUUUCAUGCUUUUUUCAAGAGCUACUUCUUUGCAUGCAUUUCCGUAGAGUUAUCUUACUCCCA